CGAAAGGUUAUAAAUGAAUUUAUUAUUCAAAAAUGCGAAUACAUUUGUAAAGAAUUGCAUUUUAUGUAGAAGUAUAUUGAAAAAAUGUUCUUAUUCUAUUUACAAAAGCUUAAAACAGAAUCAUGUGUAUUUUUAAUAGUUUGGGUUUCUUUUGUAUUUUAUUCCAUAUAUUCAUUUAUAGUAAAUACAAAACCAUAUUUUAAUAAUUAUCAAGAUGUAUAUGAUGACUUUGAAGAAGGCUGGAGAUUUUUACAACAAAGAAGAGACGUAUCAGAUACUGAAUUUAAUGACAUUAUUUUUAUGUUUGUAUCUGUUUGGCCAUAUAUGAUCUUAGGUGUUGGCAUUAUUGAAGUACAACUUAAAUAUGCCUGGCACACUUCUGUGAUAAAAAUUGUUCAUAUUCUCUUUACUUCUUUAGUAAUUGUGCUGCAUUUUGGAUUUGCAGUAUUUGGAAUACUAGUUAUUCAACCAAUUGUAUACACAGUCGUAUUUUUAAUUUUUAAAAAUAAAAAAAGUUUAUAUGUGUGGACUAUAGUUGAUCUCAUAUUACUUGGAUAUACACCAUAUGAUACAUUAAAAGAAUUUGGCUUCUCAGACCAACAAGUACAUAUUUUCUCUGUAUGCACUGGAUGGCAAAUUUUAAAAUGCGCGUCAUUUUAUCUGGAAUUAAAAAGUUUGACACUCUCUGAUAUAUUAAAUUGUUUUUCAUACAAUUUUUAUCUACCUACAUAUUUUUCUGGUCCUGUCAUAUUGUACAAUGAAUAUGAAAAGGUAUUUGAUUAUAAAAAAUAUAAACCUUUUAAAUUGAGAAUCCAAUCUGCCAUAAUGAAUCAUAUAAGGCUGAUAUAUUGGUUAAUUUUCACAUAUUUUAGUCUUCAUUAUGUAUACAUUAAUGCUAUACGAUAUCAUGUGGAGUUUCUUUACAAACUCAAUUCUUGGAGUUUAUAUGGAUAUGGAUAUCUCAUGGGCCAAUACUUCCAUUUAAAGUAUGUGUUGUUUUAUGGUAUUAGUACUAAUUUGGCAAGUUUUCAAAAUAUGGAAGUUCCAUCCUUGCCAAGGUGUAUUGGUAGAAUACAUUUAUAUUCUGAUAUGUGGCGGUACUUUGAUGUUGGAUUGUACAAAUUUUUAGUAAGAUAUAUAUAUAAGCCAACAUUAAUAUCAAAAUCCAGUUUUAAUAAAAUUAUAUCAAGUGGUAUCACAUUUGUCUUUAUUUGGAUAUGGCAUGCCUUGAAUAAAACGACUUUUUUAUGGGCAUUUCUUAACUACACUGCAGUUAUGUGUGAAUCUGUGGGUAAUGAACUUUGCAAAACAACAUUUAUACAAAAUUUAGAAAGAAAAAUAGGUUUAAAAAUGAUGCAUCGAUUAAAAUGUCUUUGUUCAGCUCAUCUCAUGAUACUUAAUAGCAUAUCAAAUUUUUGUUUCUUUGCUGGUCUUGAUGUGGCAAAUAUAUUUGUUGAUAGAAUAUUGGAAGACUCUUUACCAAAAACUAUGGUAUUAAUAUUUGCAUUCUACACAUUAAGUGAAAUUUCCUCUGCAAUAAGAAUGGUACCCGCAGCAACUAUGUAAUUUAGGAUAAAAUAUAAAUAAAAAAUAAACACAAUUUAA